AUGUCUGGAAAAGAGGAAAAGGUCAAUUCUUUUGGUAGGCGGACGUGGGACAAGGAGGAGUAUGCCAGACUAGCUAGGGAAAGGGUAGAGGAGAUACGAAACAAGAGAAAUGGGAAAAAUACGGAACCAAAAAAGACAAAAGCUCAUGAUUUUUUCAAGCAGAGAAUGGAGGAUUUGAAGAAAAUCGAUUCUAUGAACAAGAUCUCUCUGGUUGCAGACAGCGUGACUGGUGGAUGGUUUGCGUGUGAAGUGUGCCGCAGAAAGUACAAAGAUAAUCUGGCUUACAUUGAGCAUUUGAACUCGAAUGAACAUUUGCAGAACUCAGGAUUUGAUGCUAGAGAUCAACAAGAGGUUACUUUGGAGCAGGUGAAAGACAGACUAGAGACAUUGAAGAGGAUCAAAGACGAAGAGCGGCUCAAAGACGACACUCAGUACGAUAUACGAAGGCGCAUAGAGAUCAAACGUAAGCGCGACGAAGAGGAGGCAUUAAGAAAGAAGCAGAGAACGGAGAAAAAACGGAAAAAGGUGGCGGAAAAAACCGAGCCUAACGAAACGACCAAUGACCCAAUGAUGACAAUGAUGGGAUUCUCGAGCUUCAAAUGA